CGGCGCGCGUCUCUCAUUGCUUGCAGCGGAGCGGCAGAGCGUGCAUCUUGCAGAGUCCAUUCAUUAAGAAACUGACCGCCGCAAUGUACGCUUGUGCUAAAUUCGUCACCUCUCCGGCUGUGCUUCGCAGUGGCUCCAGGGUGCUGGCAAGGCCAAUGUCUGUGUUCAGCCGACCGGAAGCCAAGACUGAACAGUCCCUGGUGCUGCACAGCAAUGCUGCUGCCCUCCAGGUUUUGAGCCGGGGGUUCCAGACCAGCGCAGUCUCCCGGGACAUCGACACGGCCGCCAAGUUCAUCGGCGCUGGAGCCGCCACCGUGGGCGUGGCCGGAUCAGGAGCCGGCAUUGGGACAGUGUUCGGGAGCCUGAUCAUCGGAUAUGCCAGGAACCCUUCUCUGAAGCAGCAGCUGUUCUCCUAUGCUAUCCUGGGCUUUGCCUUGUCUGAAGCGAUGGGUCUCUUCUGUUUGAUGGUUGCGUUCCUCAUCCUGUUUGCUAUGUAAACUCCUCCCC